GAAGGUCAUUGCAGUCACUCGUUCACCCAGCAAUCAUUCAAGAUGCUCGACCGCCUCGUAGGCCUCAGCAUGCUCAUCGCAGCAACCUCCAUCUUCGUCUACUACACUGUCUGGACACUGUUCAUGCCAUUCGUCGACGACGACCAUUUCCUCCACAACCUCUUCCUGCCACGCGUCUGGGCCAUCCGCAUCCCUGUCAUCCUCAUCAUUCUCGGCUCCACCGUUGUCGGCAGCUUCCUCUCCGUCGUCAUGAUCAAGAGCAAUCGCAAGAAGGCCCUCAAGGCGCAGCAGAAGAAGGCAUCAUAGAGUGACAUGGAAGUAAAACGAGGUCACUCAAAGCAUCAGGGCGGCGCAAGGGGAACACUGGGCCAUGAACGUUGUCUUUGCAAGAGAUCAUAAUAUAAUCAAUAUUUUCAAA